CGGGGGGAGGGGCAGGGGGGGAGGGGGAGGGACGGAGAGGAAAAGAUGCUUGUUGACUUUCCGCAGAAUAAUAAUUAGCACUAUAAUAUCCUAUAUAUCUAACUGCUAAUUCAUACGGGGUACAUUCUUUUCCCCCUCCCCCAGCAUUUUUGAUUUGCAGCUUCCCAUCUAUUAGGCUGCUUCCAGUCUCUGAUGCUAAAGUUUCAGAUCGCUUAGAGAGCCAUGGGGAAUGGGAUGAACAAGAUUCUUCCUGGCUUGUUCCUUGGAAAUUUUAAAGAUGCUCGUGACACAGAACAACUGAAAAGAAAUAACAUAACGCAUAUCCUUUCAAUCCAUGACAGUGCCAGGCCCAUGGUUGAGGGAGUGAAAUAUCUGUGCAUUCCUGCUGCAGAUUCACCUUCACAGAAUUUGACCAGACACUUCAAGGAAAGCAUUGAAUUUAUCCAUGAGUGCCGACUUAGAGGUGAGAGCUGUCUUGUUCACUGCCUUGCUGGAGUUUCUAGGAGUGCAACUUUGGUUGUGGCCUACAUCAUGACGAUCACUGACCUUGGCUGGGAGGAUGCACUGUCAGUUGUGCGAGCAUCAAGAUCAUGUGCCAAUCCGAAUGCGGGCUUCCAGCGACAGCUUGAAGAGUUUGAGAAAUCUGAUCUUGCUCAUGUCAGAGAGUGGCUCAGAGCAGAGUAUGGUGAAAGCCCUUUGCAAGACAAACAAGAAGCCCAAGAUCUUCUGCAGAAGUUCAAAGCGCAUGCAGCAGCUCAGUCAACUACUUCGGGAAGGCACUGGAAUGAUAACUUUGCAUCAGUGGCCUCCUUGUCAAUGCCUGCUCCUCAGUAGGGGCAGCUAAUACAGCAUGCCAUCAGUGAUAACAGGAAUGCAUUAUUUGUCAGUGGUUGAGUUCAGGUGACAUAAUAAACCACCGUGAUGUGAAUGAACCAUGAGUCUUAGGCUCGCACAUUUUCCCUUUCCUUUUUCCCCGUCACAGCCACAAGGAGAAUAGUGGAAGCUUCCAUUUUAGAGUAACCACAGCUUAGCUUGUGUCUGAACUCUCAUUUAUGAUAAAUCUUGACUAUGGUUGGUUGAAAACAGUCAACUUCAUAACUUUCAUAAACCACAGUUUGAAGUUCGAUUGUUUCUAACAAACCAUAGUUAAGAUUAACUGCAGUCUCUCCAAGUUUGCAUGACAUAAGAAGUCAUGGUUAAUCAAAAACAGAAGUGAAACUGCCAAAGUCCUCCUUGUGGCUGCACUGGAGAGGCGGGGGGGGGAAGGGACAUACACAAGUCCAAGUUUCUUAGGUUUAUUUCCAGCACAAUAAACCAUAGUUUAAUCAGCCAGUCAUUAGGUAGGGGAACUUGUUUUUGUGCCCUCUGGCACAUGCACAAAGAGGGCUUGUUUUGUAUGUAAUGGUUCCAUGAUGGGAUGUCUUUGUUUUCUUAGUAAGCAUAUCUCUCAGACAUGUGGAGCAGGACUCCAGAAUUCUUGGCAUCACGCUCACAGGUUGACAUUAGCUUAUAUUAUGUGGGCACCAAGACCCACCAUCUCUUCCAGUGGCUGUUUAAAGAGGCUGCCACUUUCUAACUGUAGAGAUACCAAAUUAUGUUCUAUGUAUCGUUCCCUGUUCUUCAGUUAUCCAUAUAAUCAGGGUUUGGCACAGCUGCACUUUUCAAAAGUUUCUGGAUGUUCUACUGGCAUGUAAUGCUGUAAUAAAGGGUAGUGCUCAUGCUGUGGGGAUCCUUGUGCUCAGCUAGAGCUCUGGUUUUACUGUUGCAAGUCCUUCAGCUGAAAAGGCCAGCCAUAUUUCAGGGUAAAAAGCAAUGUCUCUCUUCAGCUGAGGAGAAAUGCUGCAGCCAAAGCAGAGGACACAGCUCUAGCUCUGUGCAUGGUCGUUUCUUCUCAGAGAUGUCCUCCUUAAAUGACUUAUUGAACAGAUAUCUUGGAAUGUAUGGCUAAUAAAGUUGUAUGAUUUACUCUAGAGUGAAGCAAAAGUAUCACUGGUAACUUUUGUCAGGAUUUAUUGUCCUGGCUUUCAUCUCAGAGAAGUUGUUCACUCAAAUUAUUUUUUACAGACAAGGAGUAGAGGGAUCUGAAAGUAUAUUGCAGAUGAAUAUAGAGACAAAAACUGAAGUUAUAAAGUCUGUUGUGCUGUAUUAAAGUUUAAAAUAUUAUUGUCACAGUACUACUGAAAUAACCUUUCUUGUGUAUUAGUCAACUUGAUGAGGUUGUAUCUUUAAUUGCCUUCCCAAUGGCAUAUAUUCAAUAAAAGCUUUAGUCUUUUUAUAAAUAAAAA